AUGGCGGCCGCAGACGUCUCCUCGAACAAGAAACAGAACAUGGGCGCACCGAACGGGUCGUUCCAAGAUCAUCAGGUUGAUCAGGAUAACAUUGGCAACGGUCCUGGAGAGCCGACCAAGAAGAGAAGGAAAGUCGCAAAGCCAAAUCCGGACAAGAAAUACGAGUGUAAGCACGAGGGCUGUGGUAAAAGCUACUCUCGCGCAGAGCAUCUCUACAGACACCAGCUCAAUCAUACUCCAAAGACCAUUUACCGUUGCGACUAUCCUGAGUGUAGCCGGUAUUUCGUGAGGCAAGAUCUGUGCAUUCGUCACCGAGAGCGCCACACCACUCAUGGAUCUCAGUUGCAUAAACGAGAUGCCUUUGCACAGAGUAAUCCAAAAGCUAUUCCUAUUCCUCAAGCCCCUGCCCAUCAACCCCAGCAACCACCAAACUACCCAAUGUCCGCACCGAAGCUGAAAAGCCCUGAACAAGAGGGCCGAUCCGUUGCUGGCUCCGCUGGAUAUCCUAUCGACACCCCCAGCGGCCUCAAACAGCGUUCUACCAAGUCCAGCAAUACAGUGUCGCCGUCGACGGCAUCGACAGAACCUCGAUAUCAUCCUCCAACACCACAGACAGCCAUUGCUGGACCAACAGCCCCCCUGCACCGGACCAGCAGCACGGAGAGUAAUCCCUUGAGUCCCAUCCAAAAACAAGCUAUGCCCACAUGGCCUCUUGCUUUGCGCAGGCAGAGCUUCAACACCGAGGGGUUGAAUAGGUCUCAGGCCUCAUAUACCCAAACGCAAUCAAGGGAUGGAACCUCCGGGGCCCCCGUCCCUGCAUCUCCUGUUCGCCAAUACUCGUCGUCAUCUGCACCCACUUUUGCGCACGAGGGACCUAACCCCCAUGAAAACCUGGACAGGACCUCCUCUAAUGGUUUUGUCCAGCCAGCCGCCAUAGUAUCUUCCUACGCCUCUGCGGUCUAUCAGCCGGCAGAAGUAUCCCGGACAGGAGACGCCGCCUUUGCCGCGGCCGUCUCUCAUGGCCUCACCCGGAGCGAUCCAUACCCCUACGCUAUCCUGAACGGCGGCAUAUCUACUGGUGACUUGAACAGUGCUUACGGAUAUCCUGUCUUUGGGAUAGACGAGUACACCCAGACACCUUACUCAGGUGCAGACUUUUUCACGCAAUGGCUCUUUAACGACAGCCAGUCGGGAUCCAAAAGCUUCUCUCCUCCGAACUACGUAUCCGGUUACGGUGGUCAGGACCAAUCACAGACACAGGGGCCUUACUUUUCACAUAGCCCUACGUCCAGCAAUAGCUACCCUGCACAUGUAGGGCAACACCAUCCAAUGAGCGUUACCAGUAUUCUCGAUACUACCGCCACCAGUCAAUACAUAAUGUCCGAGUCAAAACGGCAAGAACUCCUGGAUCUGAUGCAGAGUCAAUUCAUCGAGCGCCCUCACGACGCAGUCAAGAAGCGAAAGGACUCGGUGUUCGAGGGUGACCUUGACAGCGACGGCCAUAUCUUGAGUCUAAGGAUGAUGCACACGUACAUCGGUUCUUACUGGUACCAUCAACAUGCUCAACUGCCUAUCUUACACAAGCCCACCUUUUCGGCCGACCGAACGCCCAAUCUGUUGCUCCUUGCCGUCAUUGCGAUAGGCGCGGCAACGUUGGACAAAGCUUAUGGCACGUCUCUCACCGACUCCGCCGCGGAAUUCGCCAACUUUGUUGCGUGGCAUGUGAGAUGGGAGAUCGUACGGGAUGCGGAUUUUAGACCUCCGGCCAAACUCUGGGUCUUCCAAACUCUGCUACUCAUCGAAGUUUACGAGAAAAUGUAUGCGACCAGGGCGUUGCACGAGAGAGCCCAUAUCCACCAUGACUCCACCUUGACCCUGAUGCGGCGAGGCAGUUCCCUGCUGGGUCGGUCCGCAUCCGAUUCACCCCCAAGUCUUCGGGGUGACCAGGAUAAUGGCAAGAUUUCUGUGCCGUUUUCCGGGCACGAAUCUUCCAAAUCCGAAGAGGCUUGGUAUCGUUGGGUCACUACCGAGGCCACUCGUCGAGCUGCCUUUGCCGCAUUUGUGAUCGAUUCCAUUCACGCAACAAUGUUUGGGCACGCAGCAAAAAUGGUUGCGCAUGAAAUGCGGCUACCAUUGCCAUGUGAUGAAGGUCUUUGGUCGGCUGUAUCUCCUGCAGAAGCCGGUAGAGUCCAGUUAGCGUUGCAAACCAAUGGUGUCAAACCGACCAUGUUUCUCGACGGUCUGAAAAAGACGCUGAAUGGUCAAAGAGUGAGGACAAACUCCUUUGGCCGCACCAUAAUCAUGGCCGGUCUAUUGUCGGUUUCGUGGCACAUGACACAACGAGACCUGCAAAUUUCCUCGCUAGGACCUCGAACAGCAACCUCAUUCGGAGGACCCGAUAAAUGGAAGGGAGUUCUGCUGCGAGCAUUUGACAACUGGAAGCGGGAUUUUGACGAAGCCCUUGCAGAAGCAACUCCGGCACCAACGUCGCCUCUGCGAACCCCUGCGGUACCGGUCCACGGUCUCCUCCGACCGGUUGACGAUGAAAACAUUUUCGAGUCACGCACAGUUCUGCAUCAUCUCGCCCACAUUGCCGCUCAUGUGGAUGUGCUUGAUUGCCAAGUGUUUGCGGGAGCAAAUCGACUUCUAGGGCGUUCCAUCACUCCCAAAGACUACAGUGUGAUUAGGGAGAAGAUCGAACGAUGGGCAACAAAGGCUUCGGCCAGAGAUGCCGCCUUUUAUGCUCUCAAGUUUAUCGUCCAGGUUCUCAUCCCACCGGAUGAAGGUAUAGACGGUAUCAACAGCCGGUUAUAUGGCCACGCAAGUCCUAUCUUGCCUCAGGCCUUUGAGCACAACCAGUAUAUUGCUCGAGAUGACUUUCUGUUAAAUCGCCCUUGGGUCCUCUACAUUUCGGCAUUGGUCGUCUGGUGCUAUGGAUUUGCUCUCGAAGGCCCUAUCAAACCUCCUCCCAAAGAAGAAGAUUUCAUAACAUACCGGCAGAAAGAGCAAGACAUGAAAGACUACCUCGAUCGAGUAGCUGGGGUUCGAGCACCCGAUGAUCUCGAGACCGUGAAAGGCAAGAAUCGAUGCCUAGGCCUUUUGAUGAUUCUGAAGGAGUCCUUUGAGAGUACACGAUGGGAACUGACGCAUGAAGCUGCAGGAUUGUUGGGCAAUGCCUGUCUGAAGCUACGAGGCGUUGAUUCCGAUGUUCUUGUCGUUGGUGGUCUGGAGUUUUCUAAUGGAGGCUCGAAUGGGUAUAGCCAUGGAGACGGACACCAUUCUCGUUCUGCUCAUUCGCGCCAGGAGAGUCGGGACCAUAUGACUGUGGCGAAUGCGGCGAGAGUUUAG